AUGAGAAAAAUUAAAGCCUUCCAUCCCUUCUCUCUCUCUCUCUCUCACUUAUAAACUAAUCUAGCUAGAGAUAACCAGACAUGGGAGAAAAUGGCUUUCAAGAGUCCCUAGUUUGGGACAUUAACCCGGCGGAAUGGGCCAGCUCCGGCGGCGGCGAUGUAGUGGCGGCCCCACCGGGUCUGAUUGACAAUGCCAUCAAGAGUGAGUCACCGCCGCCGCCGUCUCUACCUGGAGAGGCGGUGGUUGCGGCGGCACCGUCGUCCCCCGGUAGGAAGAGGGCGGGGUCUCCUCCAGCGGGGGAUCACGAAGGGCAUAUAUGGACGGAGAGGGAGAGGAGGAAGAGGAUGAGGAACAUGUUCAGUAAUCUUCAUGCUUUGCUGCCUCAACUUCCUCCCAAGGUAGACAAAUCGACAAUAGUGGAUGAGGCUGUGAAUCAGAUCCAGGAACUUCAUGCCACCCUCCACCAUCUCCAGAAACUAAAGCAGCAAAGGAAAUCAUCAUUCUCGCCGCCACAAAAAUAUGCCACUACCACCGCCUCCCAGAGGGACAACCAUCAGAUGACGAGGGAGGCGUUCUUGGCCGAUUACUGCGUCGGUGGCGGCUUUCCCAACAAUAAUAACAACAUUAUGGUCCAACAAUAUUUACCCAAUGACAAUCAUGCGGGGGUGGAGGCAGCAGUUUAUUAUAAGACCUGGACUUCGCCGAAUGUGUCGUUGAAUGUGUGCGGAGACGACGCGCACAUUAGCGUUUGCUGCCCGGCAAAGCCGGGCCUCCUCACAACCAUUUGCUAUGUGAUGGAUAAGUACAAGAUCGAGGUGAUUUCCGCUCACGUAUCUUCUCUCCUUCAUCUUCGCAGCAUGUUCAUGAUCCAUGCCCGCGUGACGGCGGGUGGAUAUGCGACUCAGUUUCCGGUGGAAGAGAUAUACAGGCAAGCUGCAGAAGAGAUCCUGGUGCUCCUCUCUCAACCUAAUUACAAGAAGUGGAGUCGUCUGUUCCUCCUCUUAGUCAGGCGAUUCAAUCUUCAGGGCUACAUCGACGGUUCUGUUGUCCCCCUCUCCGACGACGACGACAAAUGGUUCCAACUCGACGCUCUCCUCCAGGGUUGGAUUCUCUCUACCAUCACCGAUGAAGUCUCAGAUCUGGUAAUCUCCUCUGUUUCUACUGCCUCUGCUCUUUGGAACGUCGUUUACAACUUGUUCCACGACAACAAACAUGCCAGGGCCAUGCAGCUGGAGCAUGAAUUCCGUACAACCGUCAAAGGCAACUCCACCAUGGUGGCCUAUUGCCAACAAUUGCAGAAUCUGGCCGACUGGCUGGACGAUGUUGAUGCACCAGUCUCCCAGCACCAACUUGUUCUCCAAAUGCUUCGUGGUCUCCCUGCAGAUCUUCAUGCACAAACAUCUUUCAUGCAAUUCCAGGAUCCCAUGCCAACUUUUCUGCAGGCCCGUUCUGCUCUCAUGCUUUUGGAUCGCCAACGGACGAGUCCCACCGACUUAGGCACCACGGCCCUUCUCACGAACCGUGUUGGCGGCGGCUACCACGGCGGUACUCCCGGCGGCUAUGGCGGACAGCAUGGCGGCACGGGCUAUGGUGACGACAACUCCGGUCAUCGUGGAGGCUACGGACGAGGCCAAGGCCGUGGCGGUGGAAAUCGGGGGCGAGUUUUACCUGGUUCAAGCAUUGCUAAUGAUUUGCUUAUGUCAAAUCCCGCUCGGCUUUCGGUGGCAUUAAUGGACCCUUCAGAUUGCCCUUUAGAUUUAAGCGGUUCCAACUUCACACUGGCCGCUUCCGCCUGCUCUGCCGAAGAAGACAGAGGAAAGUGCUGCCGUUACAUCAAUUUCUUGAUAGCCAUUUCGGCAGCUCGAUAUGCCAACGAAACGGACAACCUGGGCGUGAAUUUGGAGACAUCUGAGGUUUGCCGGCAAACCAUAGCACGGACCCUGCACCUGCACGGGGUGAGCAGGGCAGCCAUUGUUUUGUGCGGGUUUGGAACGAAAAUUCCUGUGAACUAUGGCUGCCAAGGCCGGACUACAGUGUCCGACAUGGUUCAAUCUCCCAAAUUCUCAGAUGUGGCUGCGAAUUGCAAUGCUGCCCAUGUCUUAGAUGACAGCCAUUGCAAUAAGUGCUUGAAUUCGGGAAUUUCCUUUCUGCGCGAUAUCUUGGGUUCGCCCCCUACAAAUACAACUUUGAGUACUUGCAGAGAUGCAACUUUUGUUGCCCUUGCUAGCCGGGCUGAUAAUGCAUCUGCCCUUGACUUAGGAAUAUGUUUCUUUGGCGUUCAGGGGCUUGUUCAUCCUACAGUGCCAUCUCCUGCAAUACAUCCACAGCAGGUGUCUCCAAGUCCAGAGGAUGCUGCCGGUCCCACUCAGUUUUCCAUACUCCCAUCAACAAAUGAGGAACGGCGUCAAUACCACCUCACAUUGGUUCCAAUGGUUGGCAUAGCAGUUAUAGUGUUGUCUGUUGUGAUGCUCUCUGUACUUUCUGUUCUUAUCCGACGCACAAACAAACUGGUAGAUUUUGAGACUGACAAAAUAUCUUCAAAACAAUCAAAAGUGUUCUCCCCAGGAAAAUUUCAGGAAGGUUCAAGUGGCAUGUUCAGAGAAUUCAGCUACAAGGAGACAAAGAAGGCGACAAACAAUUUCAGCACAAUCAUUGGAAAGGGUGGAUUUAGCACUGUGUUCAAAGCUGAAUUCCAGGAUGGUUUUGUUGCAGCAGUGAAGAGGAUGGAUAAGGUGUCUAAGCAGGCAGAAAAUGAUUUCUGCAGAGAGAUAGAACUACUUGCUCGCUUACACCAUCGCCAUCUCGUUAACCUUAGAGGUUUUUGCGUUCGAAAGCAUGAAAGGUUUCUAAUGUAUGAGUAUAUGGCAAACGGAAGCUUACACGAUCACCUCCAUUGUCCAGGCAUGACUCCACUCAAUUGGUGUACAAGAAUUCAGAUUGCAAUUGACGUGGCGAAUGCCUUGGAAUAUCUCCAUUUCUAUUGUAACCCUCCACUGUGCCAUCGGGACAUCAAGUCGAGCAAUAUUUUGCUGGAUGAGAACUACGUUGCGAAGGUUGCAGAUUUUGGCAUCAUCCAUGCUUCGAAAGAUGGCUCUAUUUCUUUUGAACCUGUAAUCACAGAUAUCAAGGGAACUCCAGGUUACAUGGACCCAGAGUAUGUGAUCACCCAAGAGGUAUCUGGGAAGAGUGACAUAUACAGUUAUGGAGUGAUAGUCUUGGAGCUAGUGUCCGGAAGAAAAGCAAUACAAGACAACAAGAACUUGGUAGAGUGGGCCCAGGCAUACAUAACGUCAGAUUCGAGGAUAACUGGACUUGUGGACCCCACCAUUGGAGACUCGUUCGACUACGACCAACUUUUGACACUAGUGGCAAUCAUAAGAGGGUGCACGCAGAGAGAGGGGAGGGCCAGGCCUUCCAUCAAGCAGGUCCUCAGGCUUCUAUAUGAAUGUGCAGACCCUAUGCACAAUGUGUUUGUUGACGAAUAUGAUGAGGUUGAACGUAGAGGAAGAGCAAACCGGCCGCCGGGUGGGGCCCUCCUACCUUCGUCUUCAAGUACUUCUCGUUCACGCUGCAGUAGGAGCGUUGUGAACGAGAGUGGGUCCCCUGACUCUCAUUCCAACCUACCUUCUGACUUCUGAUAGAGAUAUUGAAGCAAAGAAGUUAUACCCUCCUCUACCUUAAAGGCCAAAAACAAACCAAUUUACUUGUACUAUAGAAUUUUCAUUCUUUUCUCCCUUCAAUUGAUGAUUUUGCCAGAAAGUUUUGAGGGAGGGACUGGUGAUAUU